GCCAGCUGAAGAAGUGAACCUCAGUCAGUCGUCGACAGCGAGUGUUGAGAUGGCACAGAAAGAAGUUCAGCUGGACCGGGAAUCCGUCUCUUGUUCCCUCUGUUUGGAUCUACUGAAGGAUCCGGUGACUGUUCCCUGUGAACACAGCUACUGCAUGGACUGUAUUAAAGCCCACUGGGAUACAGAGGAGGAGAAGGAGAGCUACAGCUGCCCUCAGUGUAGGCACACCUUCACCUCGAGGCCUGUCCUGCUGAGAAACACCAUGCUGGAGACCCUGCUGCAGGAACUGAAGAAGACCGGACUCCAAGCUGCUCCUGAGGAUCCCUCUUACCACAACCAGUUUCUACACAGCUACCCCUCACUGUCAGGACUCAGUGGACCUGCAGACCCAUCCAGCAUCGAGACCCGUCCUCUCAGGUACUUUGAGGAUGUGACAGCAGCUGUGUCAGAAGUCAGAGAUCAACCACAGGAGGUUCUGAGAGAGACCAACGUCUCACAGGCUGCGACUGAAGUGGAUGCUUUACUGUCAGAUCCACCAGAGCCCAAGACCAGAGCUGGGUUCUUAAGAUACUCACGUGGACUCACACUGGAUCCAAACACAGCAAACACACAUCUGAUAUUAUCUGAUGGGAACAGAAGAGCAACACAGAAACAACAACCUCAGUCUUAUUCUAGUCACCCAGACAGAUUCACUCAUUUUGGUCAGGUCCUGAGUAGAGAGAGUCUGAGCGGACGGUGUUACUGGGAGGUGGAGUGGAGAGGGGACGCAGUUUGGGUAGCAGUCGCAUACAAGAAUAUCAGCAGAGCAGGAGAGUCACUUGAUUGUGUAUUUGGAUUCAAUGAUAAAUCUUGGAUGUUAGAGUGUUACAGCAGUUAUAACUUUUGGUUCAACAAAGUCAUCACUCCUGUCUCAGGUCCUCAGUCCUCCAGAGUAGGAGUGUACCUGGAUCACAGAGCAGGUAUUCUGUCCUUCUACAGCGUCUCUGAAACCAUGACUCUCCUCCACAGAGUCCAGACCACAUUCACUCAGCCCCUCUAUGCUGGACUAAGGUUGAACAGGUAUGAAAACAGUGCUGAGUUCUGUGAACUCCAAUAAAAACCUUCAAGUCCAUUCAGACCAAAUAUGAGCAACAAGAGGAUUUCAAAGCUGCAUGGUUCUGGUCUGAUGGUUCUCCCUCCAAGACCUCUCUGUGCUUCAGGUCUUCAUGCCGGCUUUGUGAGUCUUUUUGGAGCUGCUGCUUUUGUAGACGCUUUAAGGGAUGAGGACAGUGAUGCUGGAUUAUUUGCAACAGUUGGGUUUCUAUUUUUGAUGAAGCUUCAGAAACAGAAACAGAAACAGCUCUGUGUGAAAUGUUUGUGUUCCACAGGAUGGGAAGAUCUUUAUUUGGUGUUUGCUUGUUGAUCACGCUUCAUGAAUUUAGUUAAAAUCCUUAAAAUGAUGUUUGUUUUAUUUUGUAGAGGCUUUUAUUUUGAAAGGGCUUCAGUGUGGGUGGCAGGUUUUGCAGGUAUGAAGCUUAGAAAAGACUUGAAAACAUGAGAAAGGGAAAAGCAGGAGCUUCUUUCUGAUCCUAAAUCAAAGGAUGUAAAGUCUGCAGAUGAAAAUAUCAUCUCUAACAUGUCAGAAUGUUCAUGUUUCUACAUUCAGGAUCCUGUUUUUAUUGAGUCCAAUCAGCUGAUCAAACAAGUCCUUUUCAUUCUUUGUUCAACUGAUGAAGACUUUAAUACUCACAUCAAUAAUUGGGAUUGUUGGACUUCUCUUAGAUUGUACAGAUGAACUUUCUGACUUCAGGUUUGUUGCUGAUUGAGCUAACUGCAGCAGAUAUUCCUGUCUGCUUCUUUUGGAUCAGUGGAUUUGGAAAGACGUCUACACUCACACUUUUUUUGUGGCCGAUCCAAAAAAUGUUGUUUUCCACAAAUGGAUGUACAGAUGAGGUUCAGUGAGCUUUGAUAGAAGUGUAUUAAUAAUCACAUGGAUUUGUAAAAGCUCUUUUCUUUUUGGGACACAGCUGAGAUUCUGCUGAAGUCAACUGAUUGUGUAAGUGAAGUCAACCUGUACCUAAAAUCCUCCAAUAAAUCAAAGUGUGUCUUUAACA